CUUUGUGAUGUUAUGAUAGUUUAUUAAAUGAUUUAUUGCAUCUUUAAUUGGCUCAUCACGCAUGAUGUAAGUUUUACCACACGGAGAAUCAGAAUCUUCUAUUACUUUACAAACCAUUACUUUACAGAGUAUACCAUUUAUUUCCUUGGUUUCUUCCUUCCAAUAUUUCCAAAUCCAUUUAGCAGCAUUAUUGUAUGCAUUCGCUACAUUGUAUGGUGUUUCAAGCUGUUCUUUUUGCUGUUCUUCAAUAAUACUUGAAUUAUCACCUUAUUCGGAAAAAGACAUUAAAAAAUAAAAAAC